CUUGAUGUUGUGACUGUUCCCGAGCCGUUGAGAGGUUGAGCCUCUCUCGCUGCUCAAUGGGUGUUCGUGGCCACCAGCAGGCAGCCAAUACGGUCCGUACUCCAGGCUAUGUCAAACCUCACAGGUUAAUUCGCCCUGGUAUGCACCGCCUCUGCUGCAAGUAGUCACUUGCUAAACUCCGUGCAUAUCCAGUCAUUGUGGUUUCCUCUCCCACAGUGAGUAAUCCAAUGUGCUCCCCAUGUUGCCCAAUGUUGCACCAGAUGCAAGACUAGCGCUCCUCCACCUCCGCAGCUCAGAUUUUUUUUGCUGGAGCCUCAUAUGAUUUCUUUCAUUCUAUCCGUGGCUCUACACACCUCAAUGUUUCAUCGAUGGAUGUCACCGAGUCACAAUUAACCAUUGCGCUCCACGAAGCAUUCCAGUGCUAUCUAGCCUUCCUAUCCCAUAGCCAAAAGCUUCAGGAGUCGAAACUACCCCGCCAAGGCAAGGGUGUUGAGACCACAGCAGACCUCUCUACUCAGCAGUACUACCAAUCUCGAAUAGCUGGAAUUGAAGCUUGUCUACCUUACACAGGGAAGCUUGCGAGGAGAGUGGAGAGAUGGGCCAACGACCCACCGGAGGAAGACUGCGAUGAAGGUUUCGCUGUUGAGCCGGAGGUGGAGACCUUUGGUGCCUUACCAGAUGGACACGACACUACGCCUUACUUGGACUUCUUUACUGGGUCCUGGGUUCAUCCUAUUACACUUUUCUCUCCUGGUCCCUCGAACAGUAGCGACGAGGCUAGCGCCAAGAAAAUCCAUUGCCAGCCUCCUGGUCAGCCGGAAAAGCGUCCCAAGACAAGUGUCAGCGAGGCAGACGAGAACGAGGAUGAUGAACCAGAUAUUAGAGGUGGAGGGCUGGAUGCCAAUGCAGCGUCACGAAGCAGCCUCGGCAUGCACCCGAAUGCACCGGUAUUAGUGAAGAGCAAGUCUCCCGAGCAGUCCUACUCCAUGCCGUCUAGGGAAGAUGACAAAGUUAGCGUCAACUCCGAAAUAGCUAGAGCCUUCUACCUCCAAAAAACGCGAGACGUUCAUGAAUCCGAAUACGCAAAACGAAUCCACACAACGGAGGCGAAACAAGAAGAAGUGGAUCGGGAAGUAGCUCAAGCAAGAAAGCUGGCAGAACAAUGGGCACGCGAAGACGAGGCUCGUCUCAUAAUGCAGAAGAAAUACGCAGAGAGACUAGAGCGGGAGGAGAGGGAGAGACAGGAACGAAUCAAGAGGGACAGAGAGGCUGCACUGAGAGCUCAGAAGGUACAAGAGGAGUGGGAGCUUGCCGCCAUUGCGAGAGAGACUGCAGCUAUGAGAGCUGAGGAGCGCAAGCGAAGAGAAGAGGCCGAGGCUAAGCGAGCUGCGGAGGAGAGGAAGCGAAGAGAAGACGCUGAAGCCAAGCGAAUAGCAGAGGAGGAAAGGAAGUCGAGGAUCGAGAGAGAGAAACGUUGGGCGGAGGAGAUAAAACAGCGGAGCGCGGAAGAAAGGAGACAGAGAGAAGCAGAGCAUGCUCAAAGACGCGAGAGGGAUGCAGCGGAGGCCCAGAGGCGGCAAAGAGAGCGGGAGAGAUUUGAGAGGAUGGUUAGGGUAGAUUGUCUGGCUUGUAUGGAGCCGGGGGUGAGAAAUGAUAUGGCCGUCCUACCUUGUCGACACAUCUAUUGCAGGGAGUGUAUAAAAGGAGCCUUCAAGGCAGCCUACAAAUCCCGCACCUCCUUCAGAUGCUGCGGCAUCCCCGUCUCUACCAAACUCGCCCCGAUCCCCCAAAUGCUCUCCUCAUCAUUCACUAAUAAAUACAACUCCCUCCUCCUCGAGCUCUCCACCCCGCACCCAAAAUACUGCUCUUUACCCACCUGCUCGCGCUUCCUCCCACCCAACCUCUAUCAUACCCCCUCAAUAACGUGCCCGAAAUGCAGAACUCGAACCUGCACCCUCUGCACCAAAGCCGAACACCCAGGAGUGUGCAAGCAAGACAGAGACGGGAUAAAGGUCGAGAAGCUCGCGAAAAGGAAGGGAUGGAAGAAAUGUCCGGGGUGUAGUCAGGUGGUGGAGAGGACGGAGGGGUGUCUGCACAUCACGUGUCGGUGUGGGAGUGAGUGGUGCUAUAACUGUUUGAGGGAUUGGACUGAGUGUGGGAGUUCGUGUGGUAGAGGGUGAGCGAUCCUUGCUUGGCAUUCCUCCGGGGGAAAGCGUUAACGAACGUCCUUGCAGUGGCGAGAUGGGACAAGGUGUUGAUAGAGGCGAGGGAGGCGCCAAUGGUGGGGCGGCAAGGGUGAUCCCACUGGUUGCUACGGCGGUGUUGAUGGCUAUGUUUCGUGAGCGUUAGGAUACUGGCAAUGGUCUCUUUCCUGUUCGGGUAUUUUAUUUUAGCGAUGGCGCUGUUGGAUUUCGGUCGUGAGUGUUUUUAGCCUGGUGUUUGGGUCUUAUCAUUUUGCAUGAGAGCAUGAGGUAAAGAUGGCAGUGCAAACUAUAUCACAUGAUAC